ACUUCCGGCUUCUAGUUCCGGUUCAGACCAACAUGGCGGCUGUUGGUCGACAGUCUUCUCAGACUCAACUCUGAUAUUAUAUUCGUCAUAUUUAUAGUUUUACAGUGAAAUAAAUGCGCCCAGAAGCAGUUUGAGUCCGACUCAGUUCAUCAGAAACAAACUAACUCAGCUGCAGAUUAACCAGUUCUGGUCCUCCAUGAUGAUGGUCUUACCUGACCCUGCUAGACCACCAAUCCAAUCUGACCCUGGUAGACCACCAGUCUGAUCUGACCCUGGUAGACCUUCAGAGACAUGGAGAAGUUCGGGAUGAGUUUUGGGGGGGGUCCCGGCAGGAAGGAGUUGCUGGACACCAUCGAAUCCCAGAAAAAGCAGCUGGUCCAGUACCAGACUCGCUUCAAAGACGUUGUCCAGGCCUAUAAGAGUCUUCUGAAGGAGAAGGAGGCUCUGGAGGCCAGUUUGAAGGUCUUGACGGUGACCCAGGAGGUGGACCUGAACCAACAAGGCCAGGACACUACCACCACCUCGGACCUCCUGGAGGACGGCUGCUCGCUGCACAGUGAGGACAGCGUGGACACGGUAGCAUCUGUGGACAUACCCAGUGAGACCACCAGAGGGUACCAGAGCGAGGAGGACCAGGGGGAACCAGGAGUUAAGUCCGACUCAAUGACCCUGCGGUCCGAUACGAGCGCCGGCGUCUCAGAGAGCAGCACCGUGGGGGCGGAGAAGCAGCAGGCCACGCCUCCUCCAAACACGGAGGUGGACCGUCGAGUCGCCCAGCUGAAGAACCAACUGAGCACGCUCACCAGCGCCCUCGCCACGGUGACCCACGAGAAGUCUCGGAUGGAGGCCAGCUUUCAGGCCGACAAGCGUCAGCUGAAACAGGAAGUGGAGGAGCUCCAGGACCGUUUAGUCGGCGUGAGGGGGCAGCAGGAAGUGGAGCUGCGCGCCGUGCAGCAGCAGUUGGCCGAAGGCCGCGCUCGUAUCAUCACGCAGCAGUACGAGCGGGAGCAGGAGCAGGGAGACCACGUCCAGCAGCUCAGGGAGCUGCAGAGGAUCCUGCAGCAGGAGAGAGACCUGCGACAGGAUGUAGAGCUGCGCCUGCAAGACGCCAACGCAACUCUCCUCGUGACAUCAACGGCCGUGGACCGAGGGGCGGAGUCCGAGGCUCACCUGAACCAGGUGAGGGAGGAGCGAGACGAGCUGAGGAGGAGGCUGCAGGCUGCUGAGGAGGACCAGAAGAAACCAGAUCCCAGAGUGAACAAACUGCAGCAUGAGCUGACAGAGCUGAAAAAACACCUCCAGCAGCAGAUGCACCUCGAGACCAGAAAGGCGUGCGAGGCGGAGGAACGAGCUUGUGAGCGAGCUCAGGCUGCAGAGACGAGGGUCGCCAGUCUGGAGCAGAGGGUCUCUGAACUCUCGGAGCUGCUCGGUUCUUGUGAGAAGUCGAGGCAGAGAGACCAGCAGAUGGCUCAGAGACUCAGAGACCGAAUCCUACAGCUGGACACGGAGAACAAAACGCUCGCCAUCGCUGCCUCCAGCAGGAUGACCUCUGACCUCGCGGUGGACGAGUCUCAGCUGGACAUUGGCAUGCUGAAGGAGAAACUGGAGAAGGUAAAGAAGCUGUUAUCGCUGGCGGCUCAGAGGAACCCAUACCAGAACAUCCAGAACCUUGUGGAAACCCAGGCAGAGCUUGGCGGAGACAAAGCCUCCGUGUUCUACCAGCAGGAGCUUCAGCAGCUCAAGGACGAGUUUGAACGUUACAAGCUGCGAGCGCAAGUGGUGCUGAAGAACAAGAACGCCAAAGAUGGCUGCCAAGCAAAAGAGCUAGAGGAGGUCCGGGACCAGCUGUCCGAGCUGAGGGAGAAGUACAUCAACCUGCGGAUCCAGAGCGAUGAGGCCGAAACCCGACACCGCCGUGAGCUGGAGGAGCGGCAGCAGCAGGCGGCGGGGCUGCAGCAUACUCACAAACAGGAAGUGGAGCAGGCGGAAGCGUCUCAUCGGGACGACCUGCUGCGACUGGAGGCGGAGCUGCACAAACAAAGAGAGAGGACAAUGGCGCUGCUGGGCGAGAAGGACCAGGAGCUGGAGAGGCUGCGGGCCGCCGCACCGAGCUGCAGCUACGACGCCAGUAGAGUGACCAACAACGAGCACGAGUCUGGCCCGGAGACCGAGGGCGACAUCAUUAGCCAGGCGCUGCGGCGGGCGACGCCCAACGAGCCCACGCUGCUGCUGUACGCCGAGCAUCUGGCCAGGAAGGAGGUGGAGACGGGCGGCCUGCGGCGGCAUAAACACCGGCUAGAAGAGGACGUCCACCAGCUUCAGGCCCGGCUCAUCGCUAACGGGGAGCGCCACGAUGAGGAGGCGUCAGAGCUGCGAGGACAACUCGACAAACUGAUCAGAGAUCAGAGCCGAGAGGGCGCCAAUAUGGAGUACCUGAAGAACGUCAUCUACAAGUUCCUGACACUGCAGGACGCCAGCGGGAGGCAGCAGACACUCAACGCCAUACUGACCAUCCUACACUUCAGCCCGCAGGAGAAACACACCGUCAUGGGGCUGCAGGGCGCUACCUGGUGGCCCAGCAAGCGAUAAGACACCUGGCGGCCCAACAAGAGAUGAGACACCUGGUGGACCAACAAGAGAUGAGACACCUGGUGGCCCAACAAGAGAUGAGACACCUGGUGGACCAACAAGAGAUGAGACACCUGGUGGCCCAACAAGAGAUGAGACACCUGGUGGACCAACAAGAGAUGAGACACCUGGUGGACCAACAAGAGAUGAGACACCUGGUGGCCCAACAAGAGAUGAGACACCUGGUGGCCCAACAAGAGAUGAGACACCUGGUGGCCCAACAAGAGAUGAGACACCUGGUGGACCAACAAGAGAUGAGACACCUGGUGGACCAACAAGAGAUGAGACACCUGGUGGCCCAACAAGAGAUGAGACACCUGGUGGCCCAACAAGAGAUGAGACACCUGGUGGACCAACAAGAGAUGAGACACCUGGUGGACCAACAAGAGAUGAGACACCUGGUGGCCCAACAAGAGAUGAGACACCUGGUGGCCCAACAAGAGAUGAGACACCUGGUGGCCCAACAAGAGAUGAGACACCUGGUGGACCAACAAGAGAUGAGACACCUGGUGGACCAACAAGAGAUGAGACACCUGGUGGCCCAACAAGAGAUGAGACACCUGGUGGCCCAACAAGAGAUGAGACACCUGGUGGCCCAACAAGAGAUGAGACACCUGGUGGACCAACAAGAGAUGAGACACCUGGUGGCCCAACAAGAGAUGAGACACCUGGUGGACCAACAAGAGAUGAGACACCUGGUGGCCCAACAAGAGAUGAGACACCUGGUGGACCAACAAGAGAUGAGACACCUGGUGGCCCAACAAGAGAUGAGACACCUGGUGGACCAACAAGAGAUGAGACACCUGGUGGACCAACAAGAGAUGAGACACCUGGUGGCCCAACAAGAGAUGAGACACCUGGUGGACCAACAAGAGAUGAGACACCUGGUGGACCAACAAGAGAUGAGACACCUGGUGGACCAACAAGAGAUGAGACACCUGGUGGACCAAACAUUUAGAUUGAGAGAGAAACUGUCUGGUUUCUACAUGAAUGUUGCUGUGAGGAAACAUUACAAAUGUAACUUCUUCAUAUAACGGAUAUAUUUUUGAUUUCUUUGUUGAAAUAAACUACUUUUCCUGUUU